CCAACAUCUCCAACCUCAACAGUUGGAACUUAAAACGAUUGAAAUACGAGGAUUGAGGUAAAAAGCUGAAGACGAAAGAGACAGAACAAAAGUAUAGUAUGGCGGGCAGAGAUAACGACGGAGAGGCUCCACCGCCGUCUCGCAACAUCUCCAACCUCAACUGCAUCGAUCUCUCCUCUCCAGAUAUUCAAUCAACUGUCUCCCUCCUCAGGAAGGCUUGUUUGUCCUCGGGAUUCUUCUAUGUGAUUAAUCAUGGAAUCACUGAGGAAUUCAUGGGUGAGGUUUUCGCUCAAAGCAGAAGAUUUUUCAACUUGCCUGCUGAAGAAAAGAUCAAGCUUUUAAGGAACAAGAAAAAUCGAGGGUAUACCCCUGUUCUUGAUGAGUAUUUGGAUCCUGUUAAUCAGAUAGAUGGAGAUUAUAAAGAGGGAUAUUACAUUGGUGUCGAAGUACCUGAAGAUGAUCCCGAUGCACAAAAGCCAUUUUAUGGAACGAACAUUUGGCCUUCUGAAGAUAGUCUACCAGGAUGGAGGGAAACAAUGGAGAAAUAUCAUCAUGAAGCACUGGAAGUCGGAAGAGCUAUUUCGCGGUUGAUUGCUCGGGCACUUGACCUAAACUAUGAUUUUUUUGAUCAACCUGAAAUGCUCAUGAAACCUAUUGCAACAUUGCGGCUUUUACAUUAUGAAGCUCGGAUGUCUGAGUCCCAUAAAGGAAUAUUUGGAGCUGGUGCACAUUCCGAUUUCGGCUUGAUUACCCUUUUAGCUACAGAUGAUGUAUUAGGUCUUCAGAUAUGUGAAGAUAGGGAUGCUGACCCUCAGAUCUGGAAAUACGUACCACCCGUAAAAGGGGCAUUUAUAGUUAAUCUUGGCGAUAUGUUGGAGUGCUGGAGCAAUGGCAUAUUCAGGUCCACGCUCCACCGAGUAUUGAUUAAUACCCAAGAACGAUAUUCUAUAGCAUUCUUCAUCGAACCAAGCCAUGAUUGCAUCGUCGAAUGCCUCCCGACAUGUCAAUCAGAGAAGAAUCCUCCAAAGUACCCUCCGAUCAAAUGCCAAGAUUACAUGCUUCAGAGGUAUAAGGAUACUCACGCUGAUCUACACUCUUACAAGUAAUCGAAGAGAACACUUUACAUUGUUGCGCAAGAUCCAGAGAUCCCGGUGGCAGCUAAGACAUAAAUUUCAGUACAAGAUUGGUGUAUCAUGGGUAGGUAUUCGAAUGCCGAUGUUGGAGUAGAGACUAGGUAUAGGCCUCGAAUGAAACAUAUGUCUGCAAAAUUGAGCUGAAAUUUGGAGCUCUUGUUCUAUGUAAGCUAUAGCAUAGAAAUCUAGAGGGAGGUUGACGGAAGUAGUAGUGAGUGAAUAAAAUAUAUAUAUUGCUUUAAAAUAUAUUACACAUUUUUAAUAUUUAUGAGAAA